AUGAUCGCAUACGAGACCAAGGACCUUGACUACCAUAGACCGGCUCUCAAUGGUCCUUCUCAAACUCCUCACGUCGAUCGUUCGUGGCCAUCUUUACCUUCACGAGAAGCACAAUCCGGAGAUCCACUACCGACUACCAGGGCCAUCAAUUUCGUCUCCAAUAUCUGCAAGCCGUGUCACCAGCCACCCCUGCUAUCACGGAACCUCAAUGUUGCGGACUACGGCGAGGGCGGCCACACGUCAAAUCCCCCAACCCGCCAUUACACCGCCGACGGGUCGAAGACGUGUGCGGUGAUAGGUUCCACGUUGGCGUAG